GAACGACCUCAGCUUGAGGCUCAGAGAUCAGAAUUAUUAGAGAGUAUCACCAAUGAUUUACAAUUCCUCCGUCAUAUCUUAGAUGACCAAGAUUUGGUAGAGACUUUACAAAAGAGUAAAGGCAUGGCAGGAGAAAUUUAUGAAAGAGUUAAACAAUCUGAGGAAAUGGAGAAAAAACUUAACCUAGCCAGAAAAAGAUAUCUGCCGGUUGCCACGAGAGGUUCAACAUUAUAUUUUGUACUAGCUGACCUAUCUGGUAUAGAUGUGAUGUACCAGUUCUCGUUGGACUGGUUCCAGGACAUGUUUACUGCAGCCAUCAGUGGUAACAUGUCAAUCAAAGAUCAACAGAGGAGAAGGUCCUCUGUUACCGUGCCAUUGGUUGGAACACCACGUAGAACCAGUAUACAGCAUCCUGCGAGAAAAUCUUCUAUCGAGUCAGCUGAUGUCCCUGUCAGGAGACCUAGUGUUGACAGAAG